GCAGCAUGGACUGGGGCACCGAGUUAUGGGACCAGUUUGAGGUCCUGGAGCGCCACACGCAGUGGGGGCUGGACCUGCUGGACAGAUACGUGAAGUUUGUUCGGGAGCGCUCGGAGGUGGAGCAGGCCUAUGCUAAGCAGCUGCGGAACCUGGUGAAGAAAUACUUGCCCAAGCGACUUCCCAAAGAUGACCCCGAGGCCAAGUUCAGCCAGCAGCAAUCCUUCGUACAGAUCCUUCAGGAAGUUAACGACUUUGCCGGCCAGCGGGAGCUGGUGGCUGAAAACCUCAGUCUGCGCGUGUGCCUCGAGCUGGCCAAGUACUCGCAGGAGAUGAAGCAGGAGCGCAAGAUGCACUUCCAGGAAGGCCGGCGGGCCCAGCAGCAGCUGGAGAACGGCUUGAAACAGCUGGAGAACAGCAAGCGCAAGUUCGAGCGAGACUGUCGGGAGGCGGAGAAGGCGGCCCAGACGGCCGAGCGCCUGGACCAGGACAUCAACGCCACCAAGGCCGACGUGGAGAAGGCCAAGCAGCAGGCCCAUCUGCGGAGUCACAUGGCCGAGGAAAGCAAGAAUGAGUACGCCGCUCAGCUGCAGCGCUUCAACCGCGAGCAAGCUCACUUCUACUUCUCGCAGAUGCCCCAGGUCUUCGAUAAGCUGCAGGACCUGGACGAGCGAAGGGCCUCCCGUCUGGGGGCCGGCUAUGGGCUCCUGGCCGAGGCGGAGCUGCAGGUGGGCCCCAUCAUUGCCAAGUGCUUGGAAGGCAUGAAGGUGGCAGCUGAAGCCGUGGACGCCAAGAACGACUCCCAGCUCCUCAUAGAACUGCACAAAUCUGGCUUCGUGAGGCCUGGCGACGUGGAAUUUGAAGACUUCAGCCAGCCAAUGAACCGCGCGCCUUCUGACAGCAGCCUGGGCACCCCCUCGGACGGGCGGCCUGAACUCCGUGGCCAGGGUCGCAGCCGGGCCAAACGCUGGCCCUUCGGCAAGAAGACCAAGCCGCGUCCCCCACCUUUCUCUCCAUCGGGGGGUUCACUGCCCUCGGCACUCCCUAACGGGCCCCCGUCCCCCCGCUCCGGCCUCGACCCCUUGGCCCUACUGAGCGAGAUCAGUAAGUCGGUCAAACCGCGGCUAGCAUCCUUCCGCAGCCUCCGAGGCGCUCGUGGGACAGUGGUCACUGAGGACUUCAGCCACCUGCCACCCGAGCAGCAGAGGAAGCGUCUUCAACAGCAGCUGGAAGAGCGCGGGCGAGAGCUCCAGAAGGAGAUAGACCAGAGGGAAGCCUUAAAGAGAAUGAAGGAUGUGUAUGAGAAGACCCCCCAGAUGGGGGACCCCGCCAGCCUGGAGCCCCAGAUUGCAGAGACGCUAAGCAACAUCGAGAGACUGAAGCUGGAAGUGCAGAAGUAUGAGACUUGGCUGGCUGAAGCUGAGAGCAGAGUCCUAAGCAGCCGAGGGGACAGCCUGGGCCGCCACGCGCGGCCCCCAGACCCGCCAGCCAGUGCCCCGCCCGACAGCGACAGCCACAAGAACGAAGGGCAGGAUGACAAUAAGGCCAGCUCCCAGGAACCCACGUCCUCGGAGGAGGGGCAGGACGCCCCCAUCUACACGGAGUUCGAUGAAGAUUUUGAGGAAGAGCCUGCGUCCCCCAUUGGCCACUGUGUAGCCAUUUACCACUUCGAAGGCUCCAGCGAAGGCACCAUCUCCAUGGCAGAGGGGGAGGACCUGAGCCUCAUCGAAGAAGAUAAAGGGGACGGCUGGACGCGCGUGCGGAGGAAACAGGGCGGCGAAGGCUACGUACCCACUUCCUACCUCCGGGUGUCGCUCAACUGAGGCCGGCCCGGGGCGGGCGCCGGCUUGGGGGGGUGCAUUUGGGGGACGU